AUGGCAAUUCGCGAGGACUUGGUGGCCUCUGCGGCUCAAUUUCUGCAGGACCCGAGCGUUGCGUCCUCUACUGUCGAGAACAAAAUCCAGUUUCUCCGAUCCAAGAAUCUCACCCAAGAGGAAAUUAACACUGCCCUCGCUCGCACAGGCAGUCCAGCCCCAGCUGGCGCCGUACAAUAUGGCUCACCGGCCGGCCCUCCCCAACAGUACUAUCCUCCUUAUGCACAGCAGGCAUGGCAACCACCUCCCCCCGCGCCGCGGAGAGAUUGGCGGGACUGGUUUAUCAUGGCCACUGUUGUCAGCGGGGUAGGCUACGGCCUGUACUCUCUGAGCAAGCGAUACGUCUAUCCUCUUAUCGCACCCCCCACCCCCGAAAGACUGGAGCAGGACAAGAAGUCAAUAGAAGAACAGUUUGACAAGGCUUUUGCCUUGGUUGAACAGUUGGCUAGGGAUACCGAGGCUCUCAAAGAUGCUGAGAAGCAGAGAACCGAGAAGUUGGACAAUGCAAUAUCUGAGCUUGAGACCGUCAUGUCGGACCUCAAGUCUGCCAACCGGCGUCGGGAGGAUGAUGCGCAGCGCAUUCGCGAGGACGUCCAGUCGUUGAAGGACGCCAUUCCCAAGGCUAUGGAAAAUCAAAAGACUCUCGCCGACAAUCGAUUGUCCGAGAUCAAUACUGAGCUCACCAGCCUCAAAACGCUCGUUUCCCAGAGAAUGGCACCGAGUGCCUCGCCUGCCACCGGCACCGGCACCAGCACCACCAGCAGUUCAUUCCCGCGCUCAUCCGGCAGUACACUUCCAGCUGGUCGAUCGUCUACCUCCACGGCCACGACUCCUGCGUCGGCAACCGUGGAGAGUGUCCCCGAAAGCUCCAGCACGUCAACACCUGCAGCAGCGGCUGCCACCACCACCGAAGCUCCCAAGAAUCCCGCGCAAAGUUUCAGCCGGCCGCCGGGGCUUACCAGUGGCAGCGGCAGUUCAACCAAGGCGUCAAUCCCCGCUUGGCAGAUGGCUGCAGCCCAGUCUGCCUCGAGCGCAACUACUGAAGGCAGCGGCAAGGAGUCUGGCACCAGUUCUUGA